UUAAAGAUAAUGAUGGUUUUGUUCUUAGAUUUUCUUGUGAAUGUGAAGAAAAUUUAGAAGAAAUUUAUAAUAAUCCUACUAGUGCAAUUUUAUCUUUAUAUCAAUGCCUUUUUGGAACUACAACAAAAUUUUCUGGUCCAUUAAUAAUGGGUUUUGAAGACAAAGAAAUUUUAACUAAACUUCUUUUUGAUAUUCCUUUUAGACCAUUUUCUUUCAAAUUAGAUAAAUUGCAUAUAUUUGUAUAUAGUAUUGGUAUAUCGGAUAAUAGCUGUUUAUAUGGUGCAGGUCCUGGUUUUAAUUCAUCUUUUAUAUCUGUUAUUAAAAAGGAUAGUAAAGCUAAAAGUGCAGUUGUUAUUCAAGGAAUUAAAAAAACAGGAUUUUUGAAACAAUAUGAAGGUAAUGCACUAUUUGGAUUAAAUCACUAUAGAAGUCAAGAAAGUCAAAGUUUAAAUAAUAAUCUGAUAGGUUCAAAUGGAAAAAGAAGAAUUUUAUCAAUUAUUGCUGAUAGUUUUUCAUAUAAAGAACUUCAAUCUAGACUACAUGUUUCUUUAAACUUAAUCAACACAGCCAAAGGUCAUGCAUGCAUUAAUGGAUACAGAGGUCCUGCUAUUCCAAAACCACAAAUAAAACGACAGAUUAUAUCUGAACUUCUCGAAGACCAAUAUGAAUCUUUUAUGUUAAACAAGACUAAUGUUAAUAUAAGUUCAUAUAAGGUACAUAGUAAAACAGGAUUACCACUAAUGUAUCUUACUGACAAUCGAGAAAAAAUUUGGGAAAGAUUUCAUAACAAAUAUCCAGAAGGUCUUGGUCAUACUGCAUUCUUGGAUUGA